AUGGUACUUAGUGACAGAAUAGCACACAUUUGUCAUUUGCCCUACUUCAUGGGAGCUGCUGUGGUGAUAGCAUUCUUCGUAUGCUGGGUCCCGUUCCACGUGCAGCGUUUGUUUUUCAUCUACGGCUACAACUUGCCGCAGUUCCACGUCAUAAAUGAGCAUUUGUUCAACGUGGCUGGAGCCCUGUACUACGUUUCGGCUACUGUCAACCCGAUACUGUACAACGUUAUGAGUGGCAGAAAACUCUUUGACAUCAUGACGUCAAUGGAUGGUUGUCAAACGUUGCCUAGAGAUUGUAAAUUUCGUCGUGAAUUGUCAACACGAGUUGGUGUAAUCGGUAAGGCGUGUGGAUUACACCACAGAGACCCCGAGUUCGAGACCCGCCGUAAACAUGAAGUUUUUUAG